AUGUAUCCUCCGUUCGACUACUUUGAGCAUUAUCGCGCUUGCGUGAACAAACAACGCAAGCGCGAUGCUCGAUUCGAAUCGCUGCCUGUUACAUACAAUGGUCCCUUGACAGCACAACAAAGGUCGAUACUCAACGCCCCCAUCGGCUCGCUGGUCCAGGAUGUCCAAGCCGGAAAGCUCUCCCCGAUUCAUAUCCUGCGCACUUACGGCAAGACUGCGGCUGUUGCGCAAAAGCAGACCAACGCCGUUACCGAGCUCCUACUACCAGAAGCCGAAUCAUGGGCCAAGGAUGGCGUCGAUCUCAAGGGACCUCUGGCGGGCAUUCCCGUCUCACUUAAGGACACCAUCGUCGUCGGCGGAUUCGAUGCCUCGGUUGGCUAUUCGGGCAAGGUCUUCAAGCCCCAUGCCGAAGAUGGCAUUAUGGUCAAACUUCUCAAGAGAGCUGGUGCUAUCCCGCAUGUCAAGACUGCCUGUCCAAUCACUCUUCUCUCAUUCGAGUCAGCCAACUCAUUAUGGGGUGUAGCAAAGAACCCCCACAAUCAAAAAUACUCGCCUGGUGGCAGCACAGGGGGUGAAUCUGCCCUACUGGCCCUCAACGGCUCCCGCAUAGGUGUUGGGUCAGACGUCGCUGGUUCUGUCAGGGCACCGGCAGCAUGGGCUGGUUGCUACUCUAUCCGCUGUAGUACUGGCCGUUGGCCGAAAGGUGGCAUCGACACUUCUAUGCCUGGUCAAGAAGGCAUCCCAUCCGUUUACUCACCCAUGGCACGCACUCUCGACGAUCUCGUCUACUUCACCGAAUCCUUCAUUGGCAUGAAACCUUGGGAAGUCGACUAUAGUGUCCAUCCUAUUCCCUGGCGCUCAGAUGCGCUCGAGGCCGCUUCUUCAAAACCACUGCGGAUCGGCUACAUGACCACGGAUGGUGUCGUUGACCCCUCGCCUGCCAUCAAACGUGGCCUUGACAUGACCGCUGCAGCUCUCCGCAAGGAUGGCCACACCAUUAUCGAGCUGCCUUCUCAAUCCGCGUUUCCUUCCACUGCGAGCCCCGCAUAUGGUCUGCAGGUCGCUUCCAUGCUUCUCUGCGCUGAUGGCGGCAAGACGUUCAAGCGCUUCUUCCGUACGGGCGAGUGGAACGACCCUGGUGCCGCGCAAAUUUACUUCUACAUGAGUCUUCCUCGACCCGUGAAGUACUUGUGGUAUCUAUGGACAAAGUAUGCCAAAGGUGAUAGCCUGUGGGCUAGCAUUUUACGCUACUUUCACCCGCUGUCUGCCAACGAGCAGUGGAAGUGGGUGGCCAAGCGUGAGAAGUUCAGGGCGGAUUGGUUCAGCUGGUGGGAUAGGCCCGAGAACCAGUUCGACUUUAUCCUGGCCCCUGCAAACGCGACACCGGCUCUGCCGCACGGCGCUAUGAAGGAUGCCGUCUCUAGCUGUGGCUAUACCUUCCUCUGGAACCUGCUGGACUAUUCAGCUGGCGUCAUCCCCGUAACGCACGUCGAUGCCGAGAAAGAUGCUCUCUCCGCCGACUUCAAGCCCAAGAAUGGCGUGGAAAGGGGUGCCUACAAGCACUACGAUUCCAAGAAGAUGGAGGGUCUGCCUUGCGCUGUGCAAGUCAUUGGCAGGAGGUUGACGGAAGAGAAGACGUUGGGCUGCAUGCAAGUGGUGGAAGAAGCGCUCGGAAAGGAUGGCGUUGUGUACGAGCAGUUGGACAUUGAGAAAUUUAUGUAA